UAUAUAUAUAUAUAUAUAUAUAUAUAUAUAUCUUUCGGUCUGACUGAUCAUCUUGUGCGUUAGUGUAUUUUAAGAAGAAAAAAAAAAGAGUAAAUAUGGGGCAGUUCGUGAAAAAGGGUUGGGUAGUGGCGUGUAUGAUGGUUUUACUGAUGUCGACUCAAGUUUUAGGAAGAUUAUAUGAUACCGAUAGUCACGGCAGUGGCAAAAACCGGCAUCAUAAACAUGGAGGAGGUAGUCAUGGUGCUGGUGCUGGUGCCGGUGGAGGUUCUAAGGUUGGUAUAGGAGCCGGAGGUGGUGCUAGCGGUGGCAUUGGAGUCGGAGGAGGAGCUGGUGGUAGCGUAGGAGCCGGAGGAGGAGCUGGUGGUGGUUUAGGAGGUGGGAUCGGCGGAGGUACCGGUGGUAGUGUUGGUGUUGGUGGAAGAGGUCGUGGUGGUGGACGUGGUUCAGCUCGCGGAGAACGUCGUGGAGGUGUUGGUGGAGCUGUAGGAGCUGGAGGCAAAGUAGGCGGAGGAAGUGGUGUUGGUGGGGCAGUCGGAGGUGGUUCCGGUGAUGCUGUUGGAGGUGGUGCUAGAGGUGGUGUUGGUGGCUCUGUUGGAGGUGGAAUUGGUGCUGGUGGCGUAGUGGGAGGUUGUGCUAGUGGCUCUGUUGGAGUUGGUAUCGGUGCUGGUACUGGUGGCGGUGUUGGAGGUCGUGCCGGAGGCGCUGUUGGAGGUGGAGCUGGCGUUGGUGGUGCAAUUAGAGGUGGUGUCGGUGGUGCAGUUGGAGGUGGCGCUUCUGGAGGUGCAAGUGGCGCUGUUGGAGGUGGUGUCGGAGGCGCUGUUGGAGGUGGAGCUGGUACUGGUGUAGUUGGAAGUGGUGCCGGUGGUGCUAGAGGUAGUGUUGGAGGUGGUGCCGGAGGAGCUAUUAGAGGUGGAGCUGGUGCUGGUGUAGUUGGAGGUAGUGUCGGUGGUGCAGUUGGAGGUGGUGCCGGUGGUGCAGUUGGAGGAGGUGCUAGAGGUAGUGUUGGUGGCCCUGUUGGAGGUGGUGCCGGAGUCGCUGUUGGAGGUGGAGCUGGUGGUUCUGGUGGUGCAGUUGGAGGUGGUGCUAGAGGUAAUGUUGGUGGCGCUGUUGGAGGUGGAGCUGGUGCUGGAAGCACUGUUGGAAGCGGUGUUGGUGGUGCUGUUGGAGGCGGUGCGGGAGGUGCUGUUGGAGGUGGUGCUAGAGGUAGUGCUGGUGGCGCUGUUGGAGGUGGUGUCGGAGGUGGAGCUGUUGGCGCUGCUGGAGGUAGUGCUGGUGGUGUUGGUGGAGCUGGUGUCGGAGGAGUUGGUGGCGCUGUUGGAGGGGGUGCCGGAGGCGCUGUUGGAGGCGGUGUCGGUGGUGGUGUUGGAGGCGGUCCCGGUGGUGCAGUUAGAGGUGGUGCUAGAGGUAGUGUUGGUGGCUCUGUUGGAGGUGGAAUCGGUGCGGGUGGCGUAGUGGGAGGUGGUAACGGUGUUGGUACUGGUGGCACUGUUGGAGGCCGUGCCGGAGGCGCUGUUGGAGGUGGAGCUGGUGUUGGUGGUGCAGUUGGAGGUGGCACUGCUGGAGGUGCCAGUGGCGCUGUUGGAGGUGGAGUCGGAGGCGCCGUUGGAGGUGGAGCUGGUACUGGUGUAGUUGGAGGUGGUGCCGGUGGUGCAGUUGGAGGUGGUGUCGGUGGUGCAGUUGGAGGAGGUGCUAGAGGUAGUGUUGGUGGCGCUAUUGGAGGUGGUGUCGGAGGCGCCGUUGGAGGUGGUGCCGGAGGCGCUGUUGGAAGUGGAGUUGGUGAUUCUGGUGGUGCAGUUGGAGGUGGUGCUAGAGGUAAUGUUGGUGACGCUGUUGGAGGUGGAGUUGGUGCUGGAGGCACUGUUGGAAGCGGUGUCGGUGGUGCUGUUGGAGGCGGUGCAGGAGGUGCUGUCGCAGGUGGUGCUAGAGGUAGUGCUGUUGGAGGUGGUGUCGGAGGUGGAGCUGGUGGCGCUGUUGGAGGGGGUGCCGGAGGUGGUGUUGGAGGCGGUGCCGGUGGCGCAGUUGGAGGUGGUGGCGGUGGCGCUGUUGGAGGUGCUAUAGGUGGUGGAGUUGGUUUAGGCGGUGGUGUUGGAGGAGGACUUGGUGGUGGUUUAGGCGGUGGUAUUGGAGGGGGUGGAGGAGGAGGAGGAGGAUUUGGCGGUGGAAGUGGUUCCGGAGGUGGUGCUGGAGGUGGUGCCGGAGGAGGACUUGGUGGUGAUGUUGGAGGAGGUGGAGGUCUCGGUGGUGGUGUUGGUGGCGGAGCAAAUGUUGGUGUACGAGUUGGAGCUGGUGGUGGCGUUGGAAACAGACGACACUAAAUCAGAAACAGCAUGUGACCGUUAACAAUUUAGCACUGCAUGCACGUUGCCUCUUUAGUAGUUUGCAUGUAUGCUCUCGUUGUUAUCACUUUUAUCGUAUUCUCCUUGUACCAGUGUAUAAUAUUAAUAAUGAAUAAAACUCUUUACAAAAGACUAAAGAUUAUAUA